CUGUGGAGAGCUUGGUCCCAGACUGCAGGACUCAUCGGCUACAUGUGGGAGUCUGAGCCUACCUGCUGAGUUAAAACUAAACUAAACUUGCUUGUAUUUCAAGCUUAGCCUGUGUGGAGUAGUAAAAGUUUACCUUUACUUUUUGUUUUUAAUUUCUGAACAAGAGGUUGGAUGUUUAAAGUAAAGAAAGUUUGACUUCAGCAGGUCAGCAGUGACUGAACGACGGGAUUUAUGUUUAACCUCGGGGAAUAAGUUUUCUGUUUGUUGGCGGAUAAACGGGAGCCGCUGAGGGAACUUCUCCCGGGGUUGGAGGAGGACAGGAACCGGAGUGAGGUUUGGUUAAACCUUCCUGAGAAUCAUGGAGUAAUCACUGUGGAAUCAGAGCGCAGAGCUUCAACAAGUGUUUUCCAGAAGGAUAUGUUGUUAAUUCCAGCUGCUGGGAGGUCAAGAGGUCACACACCUCUGUGAAGGACUGCUGGAAACAAAUGCCCUACUGUCAUGCCUCCCGGGACAGUGCGUCAUCUUUCAGGGUUAAUGGUCCAAACCCUGCUACGUCUCCUGCUCCUAACUGCUGGCCAGCCCUUCAUUUCAUCACUCAGCGGUGUUGUCCGAGGAUUAGAAACAUCUCACUCUGACCUUUACCCCACCUUUAGAAGAAAUGACACAGUAUUUGAGCACCUUGCCCUGCAUCCUGACCCCYCUGUGGGUUGGGUCUACAUUGGGGCCCGAGAUCAUCUGUUCCAGUUGUAUCCAUCACUUCAACCUAAGCUGCAGGAGGACACUGGACCUGUCACAGACAGUCGGGACUGUUUGCCCCCCGUAACGGAGAGCAACUGCCCCCAAGCAAAYGAGACUAACAACCACAACAAGCURCUUCUGGUUAAUCCUUACUCUGAMGAACUUAUCACCUGUGGGAGUGUUAACCAGGGGAUCUGCCAGAAGCGUGACCUGAGUUCCAUUAAUACAGUACGUUUCUCCACUGAGAGGCCAGUGGAUACCCAGUAUGUGGCAGCUAACCACCCUAACGUUAGCACCGUUGGACUGGUGGUCCGCUCUCACCCUGACAGACAGCCCGUGUUGUUUGUAGGUCGUGGUUACACAAAUAGCCACCCACCUAUUUCCACACGAAACCUUGCCCAGGAACCCAUCUUUUCCUACGAGGAGACGGCAAAGUUAGCAGUCGCCGGCCGUCUCUCGGAGUAUGACCACCAUUUUGUAGCUGCAUUCGCCCAUCGUCGCCACGUGUACUUCCUCUUCUACAGACGGGACCUGAAGUCGCAGUCCAGGGAGUACCGUACAUACAUCUCACGUGUGUGUUUGGAUGACCAGGCCUACUACUCAUAUGUGGAAGUACCACUGACUUGUCGCUCCACGGCAGGUAAAACUUACAACCUCCUGCAAGCCGUCCAGCUAGGGUUCUCUAAGGAUGGUACGGACAGUCCAGAUUCUGAGAUCCUUCUUGGAGUUUUCUCUACUCACCUGACCUCAUCAGCUCGGCCCAGCGAGGACUCGGCUCUUUGCAUGUUUUACCUUGAGGAAGUGGACCGCAGGAUCGACUCUACCAGAGACCUGUGCUAUACCCAGAUGGGUAGAGUAGGAGAGGUGGAGGCAGCCUACAUCGAAUACGAAGUCAAGUCCAAUUGUGCCAUCCUUCCAGAGAACACCCUGGGGGCCUACCCUUGUGGUUCUGACCAUACUCCCAGCCCKAUGGCCAGCUGGGUGGCUGUGGAAGCAAAGACCAUACUGGACAGCCCCUCGGCCCGCUUCACUGCUGUGGCUGUGAGCGUCAGGCCGGGACAUACCAUCGCCUUCCUGGGAGACUCCAAGGGCAAUCUGCACAAGGUGUUCCUGGGCCCAAACGGGGAGGUGGAGGAGUACUCUGUGGUUUCCAUACAGCAGAAAGCAGCCAUCAGCUCUGAUCUGAUCCUGGACCAGGAAGAGGAGCAUCUCUUCAUCAUGACCAGGAACAUGCUGCAGAAGAGGCCCGUGGCUGAGUGCCAGCAGCACCCAGACUGCCAGUCCUGUGUGCGGGCCCARGACCCCUACUGUGGCUGGUGUGUCCUGGAGGGAAGGUGUGUGCUGGAGUCUCAGUGCAGUCGUGGGAAGCAGCCGGGGCAGUGGUUGUGGAGUUUCGACAUGGAUCAGCAGUGUUUGGCUGUUCAAGACCUGAGCCCUUACAACAUCAGCAGGGAGGAGAGCAGGAUGGUGUCUCUGUCCAUCCCAGGACUCCCAGUCUUAGAGAAGGACGAGUCCUACUCCUGCUUCUUCCAGGACAGCCGCAGUCCUGCCACCCUCACUGAAACCGGACUGAGCUGCCAGUCUCCUGACCCCAGUGGUACCCCGCUGGUGCCUCCCGGACAGGACUCUGUCGUCCUCACCUUGUAUGUGCGUUUUGGAGACGUGACGGUCACAUCCAGGGAUUUCACCUUCUACGACUGCACGGCUGUCAAACAGCAGUCAGGCAGCACGCCCUGCCGGGGCUGUGUCCUGAGCAGGUGGGGCUGUAACUGGUGCGUUCACCAGCACUCCUGCACCCACAAGCCCACCUGUGAGGACGGAGUCAUCAUCUACAACCAACAUUUUAAACUCCCCACCUCUCCUCCUCCCACCGUCAAAACCCUUAAAGUGGUCCCAUCUACACCUGCUCCAACAACCACCACGACUACCCCCCCUACAACAGCUGUUGUCACCAUAGCAACCACUCCCCCUGGCACCGAGCUGACCACUCUGCCCCCGGCUCAGCCUCCCAGCACCCGCCCGCCCCCUGCUGCCACCAGCAGGGCGGGGUUUGCCACUGCAGGGUGGGAGCGAGCCARUCAGAGCGAAGCRGAGGACUCGGCGGUCACGCCCAGCYUUGCCGUGYCAACAGRAGAAGCCACGCCCUUCACCGGGGGCGAUGGUCUGAGCGGGGACCUGGAGCCCGCCGUGCCCCUGCUGAUCUCAGAGACCCCGGCCUCYGAGGUGGUGACGGGCUCCCCCACCAGCUACGUUCAGGAAGUGGAGGGAGCCCUAAGCCUGGCAGAGCCCCCCGUCUCACCUGACGUCCCCCUGGCCACGCCCCCUCCUGAAGAGGAAGCAGCUGACUCAGAGCCCCCCGUGAACCUGGACCCGACCCAGACCUCCACGCCGCGAGGCUCCAUGAGGGAGGAGGGAGGCACCGAGACCCCGGUGCUGCUGUGGUCAGACGCUGACGUCCCGGCUGAGGGGGCUGCAGGAAAUGACUCCGCCCCCACCCUGCUGUCAGGGGACGGGGAGGUGGAGCAUGAGCCCCCCCCUUACCCACACAUGGUGGAGACUGACUCAGAACCGGAUCUGGAUUACCAGAAUGAUCAGACUGACAGUCUGCUCCCGGGUGAUGAAGGCUCUUAUAUCAGCUGGGGUUCUUCAGCCUGUCCCUGUGUGGAGAAGGUCCAGGGUUCUGACCUGCUUCCGGUACGGGUCAAUAGGAAGAUCACGUUGCAGGCUCGCAACCUCCAUCUGUACCAGGAUCCGAAGCUGGAGUACGAGUGUGUUCUGAUUAUUGAAGGUCAGAUAGUUCUGGUGGACGCCUAUGUGGAAGCUGACGACAUGAAUCCAUCAACUUUUUACAUCACCUGUCAGCUGCACCAGUACUCCUACUCAGCUCCCGUGGAGGAGUACAACGCCAUGGUUUAUGUGAAGAGGAGGAACACAUUUCAUGUGGACAGUUCUCCAAAUCUUCAUGUGACCCUGUACAACUGUUCUGUGGGUCGAUCCGACUGCAGUCGCUGCCACACUGCAGAUCAAAAGUACAGCUGUGUGUGGUGCGGGACUGCCCAGGCCAGAUGUGUGUAUUCAGAGUCCUGCAGCGAGCAUGUUCAGAAUACAUGCCCUGCCCCCGUCAUACACUCUAUCGAGCCUCUCUCUGGCCUGCUUGAGGGAGGCACCUUGGUGACGAUCUCAGGUUCCAACCUGGGUCAGAAGGUUGAAGACAUCCUCCACUCUGUGACAGUAGCUGGAGUGUUGUGUUCUGUGGUCCCUGAACUGUAUGAGGUCUCCUCCAGGGAGACAACCUGGAUCUGGCCAUCACUAAAGACGAGGUGGUGGUCUUGAUUGGCGAAGGGGUGUGUGCUGUGAUGACCCUGACCAGAAACCAUCUAUACUGUGAGCCGCCCCCUCAGCAGCCUGCUCCAGGUCCAAACUGCAGGAAGUGUGAGGGCUCCGACCAGCUGCCUGAGUUCACUGUCCAAAUGGGCAACCUGAACUUUUCUUUAGGCAAAGUUCAGUAUGAUAAUCUGAACCCAGCCACCUUCCCUCUGGAAGCUCAGAUUGGAGUUAGUGUUGGGACGUCCAUAGUUGCCCUUAUUGUCCUCAUCAUUGUGCUGAUCUACAGGAGGAAGAGUAAGCAAGCUCUCCGAGAUUACAAGAAGGUCCAGAUCCAGCUGGAGAACCUGGAGACCAGUGUGAGAGACCGCUGCAAGAAGGAGUUCACGGACUUAAUGACAGAGAUGAUGGACAUGUCCAGCGACCUGGUGGGCUCAGGAAUCCCCUUCCUGGACUACCGGAUGUACGCAGAGCGCAUUUUYUUCCCUGGGCACCGGGAGUCUCCUCUGAGGCGGGACCUGGACGUUCAGGAGUGCCGGCGUCAGACGGUGGAGCAGGGCCUGGUGCAGCUGUCCAACCUGCUGAACAGUAAACUCUUCCUCACAAAGUUCAUCCACACCCUGGAGAGCCAGCGGACCUUCUCUCCCAGRGACCGGGCCUACGUAGCCUCUCUGCUAACCGUGGCACUUCAUGGGAAACUGGAGUAUUUUACCGACAUCCUCAAGACUCUGUUGAACGACCUGGUGGAACAAUACGUGGCCAAGAACCCCAAACUAAUGCUGCGAAGAACUGAGACAGUGGUGGAGAAGCUGCUGACAAACUGGAUGUCCAUCUGUCUCUACACUUUCCUACGGGGAACUCUGCAGAAGUUCGUAGACGACCUGUUCACCGUCAUCCUCAGCACCAGCCGACCCAUCCCGCUGGCCGUCAAAUACUUCUUCGACCUGCUGGAUGAGCAGGCCGGACAGCACAACAUCACCGACCCAGAGACCAUCCACAUCUGGAAGACCAACAGCCUCCCUCUGCGCUUCUGGAUCAACAUCCUGAAGAACCCUCAGUUCACCUUCGACGUGCAGGUGUCGGACCACGUGGACGCCGUGCUGUCCGUCAUCGCUCAGACCUUCAUGGACUCCUGCACCAUCGCAGAGCACAAGUUGGGCCGGGACUCUCCCAUCAACAAGCUGCUGUACGCCAGAGACAUCCCCCGCUACAAGCAGAUGGUGGAAAGGUACUACGCUGACAUCAGACAGACCAUAUCAGCCAGUGAUCAGGAGAUGAACUCAGCGCUGGCAGAACUGUCCAGGAACUACUCUGGAGAACUCAACUAUCUGGUGGCUCUGCAUGAGCUGUACAAGUACAUCAACAAGUACUACGAUCAG